CCGGGCUUUCACGGGACCCAAUAGGGCGGGUCCACCGACCCGGAACCCAAAAAUCUGGACAUUUUCGUGCACUGGUAGACAAUCUAAGCGAACCGUAUGGAACACACAGCUUUCUAUUUAUUUAACACAAAUCAACACCUGUGAGUUCCUUUCACGAAAGUAACGGAGAUUUCCCCCAAAAACAUAGAGAGAAAAACCAAACGGUUAUUAUGUUGCAGAGAACCAGACGACGGUGCGAGGGCACGGCUAUGGGUGCCAUCGUUCUCGAUCUCCGACCCGGUCUCGGUGUCGGACCUUUCACUCUUGGGAUGCCGAUAUGCGAAGCGUUUGCUCAGAUAGAGCAGCAGCCUAACAUUUACGAUGUUGUCCACGUGAAAUACUUCGACGAGGAGCCGCUGAAACUGGACAUUGUUAUUAGCUUUCCAGAUCAUGGUUUUCAUCUUCGCUUUGAUCCUUGGUCACAGAGGCUACGCCUUGUUGAAAUUUUUGAUGUAAAACGGCUCCAAAUGCGCUAUGCAACUUCUCUAAUAGGAGGACCAUCCACUCUAGCUACUUUUGUAGCUGUAUAUGCACUUUUUGGGCCAACCUUUCCUGGUAUUUACGACAAAGACAGAGGUGUUUACACUCUAUUUUACCCAGGGCUAUCCUUUGCUUUUCCAAUUCCUAGCCAGUAUACAGAUUGCUGCUAUGAUGGGGAAGCGGCAUUGCCAUUAGAGUUUCCAGAUGGCACCACACCAGUGACAUGUCGUGUCUCCAUAUAUGAUAGUUCUACCGACAAGAAAGUUGGUGUAGGAUCCUUAAUGGACAAGGCUACUGCUCCUCCAUUACCUGUUGGCAGCCUUUACAUGGAGGAGGUGCAUGUUAAGCUUGGAGAAGAAUUAUACUUCACUGUUGGAGGCCAACAUAUUACUUUCGGUGCAUCUCCGCAGGAUGUCUGGACUGAAUUGGGUCGUCCUUGUGGAAUUCAUCAAAAGCAGGUAGACCAAAUGGUUAUUCACUCUGCAUCAGAUCCUCGUCCACGGACGACACUUUGUGGUGAUUAUUUCUAUAAUUAUUUUACCCGUGGUUUGGACAUCUUAUUUGAUGGGCAGACUCAUAAAAUCAAGAAGUUUGUUUUGCAUACGAACUAUCCUGGUCAUGCAGAUUUCAAUUCAUACAUAAAGUGCAAUUUUGUUAUCUUUAGUUCAGACUUUGAGGGGUCUUUUGAGGAAGUAAAUAGCAGGGUUCACAGGAUUACACCAAGCACCAAAUGGGAGCAAGUGAAGGAAAUUCUUGGUGACUGUGGCCGUGCUGCCAUUCAAACACAAGGUUCUACAAGCAAUCCUUUCGGAUCUACAUUUGUGUAUGGUUAUCAAAAUGUUGCCUUUGAGCAGGUGAUGAAGAACGGUUAUAUUGCUACUGUAACUCUUUUCCAGUCAUGAUUAUAAUGCCUGUUGUCCGAAUUCGAUGCUGGUAUGUCACAAGCAGUAGGUGGGAUUUGGGCAGUAAAUUUGCGCUAAAGCAGUAAAUACUCGUUGUAAACACCACCAUGGCCGAGUGCAAUGAUAAUUGUAAAGUUAUCUAUUACUAUGUACAGAUGACAGAAACGUUUGUAUAGUGAUAAUGUUUGUGUCUUUGUAAUUUUCAAAGAAAAAAGACGCAAUGCAAAAUUUAUUACAUUAUGUUAUUCAAAUUGCUAGCUUUCGUUUUA